UCCGCCGUGAGAGGAAGUUGGUGCAAAGAAACCUUCCCUGUGUAUCGUGGGCUCCUUUUUGUCGGGUCGUAAGUGAGUAGAUGUCAGACAUGUUCGCGGCUGGUUUGUUGUUGUGUUCGCUGGCCGUCUCUUGGGCUCAGUACGCUCCGGACGAGGUGACCCACCUGCCGGGUAUGGCGUUCAAACCCAACUACCGACAGUGGUCGGGUCACCUGCAGGCCCGGCCCGGGAAGUUCCUACACUAUUGGUUUGUGACUUCCCAGCGGGACCCGGUCAACGACCCGGUGGUGCUCUGGCUGAACGGAGGCCCCGGCUGCAGCUCGCUUGAUGGGUUCCUGUCCGAGAAUGGACCAUUUCAUAUACAUGAAAACGGAGCCACCGUUUAUGAGAACACGUUCAGCUGGAACAAGAUUGCCAAUGUGCUGUAUCUGGAAUCUCCUGCAGGAGUGGGCUACUCCUACUCUGAUGACAAGAAGUAUGCCACCGAUGACGACCAGGUUGCUGAUGAUAACUACAGAGCCCUGCAGAGCUUCUAUGCCAGGUUCCCAAAUUUCACUCAAAAUGACUUCUUCAUCUUUGGGGAAAGUUAUGGUGGAAUUUAUGUGCCAACCCUCAGCCUGCGUGUGGCUACUGGAGCUGCGAAGAUCAACUUCAAGGGCUUUUCGGUGGGAAAUGGGCUCAGCAGCUACGCGCUGAAUGACCAAACAUUGAUCUACUUCGCUUACUACCACGGCCUCUUUGGAGAAGACUUGUGGCGAGAUCUGAACAUAAAUUGCUGUGACAAGACGACCUGUAACUUCUACAACUCCAGCACCGAGCUCUGCAACACGCUGGUGAACGUGGCCUUUGGCAUUGUGUUUAAUAGCGGACUCAAUGAGUAUUCCCUUUACUUGGAUUGCGUGGGUGGCAGAACAUACCACCGAGGCUACGAGAGGACCAUGAGUCACCUGUUUAAGAGCUACAGGGAACCUCAACACACCCGCAAGUUUUCAGAUUUCGUGUCUCUGGAUAAAGUCCCUCCCUGCAUAAACAGCACGGCUCAGAUUCAUUGGCUGAAUAGAGGCAACGUGAGGAAAGCGUUGCACAUUCCAGAUACACUGCCGAAGUGGGACAUCUGCAGUGAUGUCGUUGGGGAGCAAUACCACAACCUGUACCCGACCAUGAAGCAGGUGUACCUGAAGCUACUCGCUCUGGGCCUGCGGGCGCUCGUCUACAACGGAGACACAGACAUGGCCUGCAACUUCCUGGGAGACCAGUGGUUUGUGGAAGACCUCGGCCUGGAGGCCACCACUAAGUACCAUUACUGGCUUCAUGACGACCAGAUUGCUGGUUUCUACCAGCAGUACGGAAACAUCACUUUCCUCACAGUCAAGGGUGCAGGUCACAUGGUUCCUCAGUGGGCUCCAGGUCCAGCCUUCCAGAUGUUCCAGUCUUUCAUCACUAAUGGCUCCUACUGAGCCACGAUGGAAACGGCUGUGUCUUAUACCUGCACUCAUCACUUGUUAGAAGAUAAUUUGUUCUCAGGGAAAGAGGGUUUAGGAGGGAAAAAGGGACUGUUGGCACUUUUCUUUAUUGUUCAUACCUGCGGUGAAGUGUGUCGAGUAUUCGGAGGGAGGCGUAUGUGUUGUAGGCUUUGCUCUGCGCCACAUUUAGAUAUGAAUUAAACUAUUCAAGUGCCAGCUUUUGAGAAUUGUAAUCCAUUUUUAUACAUUCUUUGUGGUCCCCUAAAAGGGAGACAGAGACAAAUGUCAAUAAAUUCAUCCUCUCUGGUUCCUGCUUUUGGGGUUUUGUGCCGUACGUCUGGUUUCAGUCAGGGAAAAGCACUUGAAGCUAUCUGACUCCUUAACCUCGUCGGUGGCUUUGUCUUGGUUGGAUGGGUUUACUGCAUUGUCCUGAAACGUAAACUACUUGUACAAUUAAACACGGUACAAGUCCUUUUUAAUUUACUGAUGAGAACACUCCAUAAAGUCAAUGCUUUUCCUCGUCUAAGAAAACAGAAAUUGUCUUUAAGACGAACUGCAUCUGAUCAAAUGAAACGAUAUUCUGUGGCGCUGUAUCCUGGUGUUUUUUCAGAUAUUUUAGGCAGAAGUGUGCGAGUAAUGGGUGAUUGCUGAACUUAAAUGAAAAUAAAAAACUGUCUUAAUCCAAACUGUAUUUGUAUUUAUUAAAUGUUUUGAACUGCUA